GAGGAGCUCGAGUGCCUCGAGAAUCAUCGGCAGUGUGUGCGAAAUUGAUCCAAUUUACGAUCGACUGGUAGAUUCUGAGUCUCGUGUUCUGCAUAUGAUGGCAAUAGCGAAGUGUGGGGUAGUAUUGCGUGCACUGCAUUGGUUUUCAUCACGCGGAGAAGCCGCACAGACCGCGUAGGAUGAUCAGACUUCCAAGUAGCGCUUCGGGGGACGAUGCUUGCAACAGCUUCGAGCGAUUUGAGUGCCUCGGUGUACCAGCUUGGGAAUCGAUGUUGGUGCAGUGCGUAGACUCGAAUUUCUGAUUCGUGGGCUUAUCGACCGGGAAGAACACAUUUCUGCUUUGUGCGCGGGUCAAAGGGAACACUGCACAUGUCAGACCAUAUGUGGUGAAGAAAGGAAGACAAGAGCAUGGGAUUUCAGAGAAAAGGAGGAGGAAAAUGGGUAGGAAGUGGUCGUGGUCGGGGGCAAGGGGAUGGAGUGAAAAAAAAUUGGUCAGGAGGUGGUAGGGGAACUCCCAACGAUUCUCUCAGUGGCAAAGAUCGGAUCCGGAAAACUGGAAGGUCCAAGGUUUGGCGAACGGCAGAGGAUGCUCUUGAAGCGAAGUUCGGAUUCGAUGUCUUCGCCGAGGGGGAGCCCCGUCUGGGGUGGCUUCUCAAUAUGGCUGCGUCGUCCAUGCAAGAUUCGGAGGAUGAUUCCAAGACUUUCAGCUGUGUUAAUCUCUACUUCAUGUGUCAGGAUGGUUCAACUUUUAAAUCUCAAGUCAAGUUUCAGCCUUACUUUUAUCUCGGCACCAAGGAAAAUACGGAGCUCGAAGUUGACGCAUACUUGCGACGGCGCUAUGAGGGUCAGAUAGCAUCAAUCCAGAUUGUGGAAAAGGAGGAUCUUGAUAUGAAAAAUCAUCUAUCAGGAACUCGUCACACUUUUUUAAAGGUCAGCUUCAAUAACGUGCAAGAAUUGAUGUCUGUCAAGAGCGAGCUACUUCCCAUCGUAGAACGUAAUCAGGCAAAGGUUGAAGCUGCUCAAGCAUACAAUACCUUAUUUCAGGGCAUGAGGGGUGGUUUACAAGAGACCUCAAAAGUACAGGACUUCGUGGAUUACAUGUUAGAAGUGCGAGAAUUUGAUGUUCCUUAUCAUGUUCGAUUCGCCAUCGACAAGGAUGUGCGAUGUGGGCUGUGGUACACCGUGACUGUGGAGUCUAACAAAGUCAAACUGGAAAAGCGAGCUGAUUUGCUGCAACGAGCAGAGGCCCGUAUUUGUGCAUUUGAUAUUGAGACAACCAAGCUUCCUCUGAAGUUUCCAGAUGCAUCCUACGACAGCGUGAUGAUGAUCUCGUACAUGAUCGAUGGUCAAGGAUACCUAAUCGUAAACAGAGAGUGUGUAGGCGAAGAUAUUCAAGACCUAGAGUAUACACCAAAACCGGAAUACGAAGGGUUUUUCCAAGUGACAAAUGCGCCAAACGAGAAAGCCGUCUUGGAGACUUGGUUCAAUCACAUGCGUGAUGUGAAGCCAGGUAUCUAUGUGACUUACAACGGCGACUUCUUCGACUGGCCUUUUCUGGAACAACGUAGCAAGCACCAUGGCAUGAGCAUGUACGAGGAGAUAGGCUUUCGCUGUGAUGCUGUCCAGGGAGAAUGUCUCAGUAAAUUUGCCUGCCAUCUGGACUGCUUCGCCUGGGUGAAACGUGAUAGUUACUUGCCACAGGGUAGUCAGGGUUUGAAGGCCGUUACGAAGGCAAAGUUGGGUUACGACCCUCUGGAAGUUAAUCCCGAGGACAUGGUUCGAUUCGCAAUGGAGAAGCCUCAAGUUAUGUCAUCAUAUUCGGUGUCCGAUGCGGUGUCGACGUACUAUUUGUAUAUGACAUAUGUGCAUCCGUUCAUAUUCUCAUUAGCAACAAUCUUACCGAUGCCUCCUGACGAAGUUUUGCGCAAAGGCUCGGGGACUCUUUGUGAGAUGCUUCUCAUGGUGGAGGCAUUCAAAGGAAAUAUCAUAUGUCCAAACAAGCAUAAAUCGGAAGAGGAAAAAGUCUACAAUGGCCGCAUACUUGAUAGCGAAACGUAUAUUGGAGGUCAUGUGGAGUGUCUGGAAAGUGGUGUCUUUCGUUCCGAUCUACCAACAAAGUUUCGACUUGUACCAGGGGCGUAUCAGAGAUUAAUAGACAAACUUGACCGGGACCUGAAAUAUGCUAUCGAAGUGGAGGGCAAAAUGGACUUAGAUUCUGUCACCAACUACGAUGAGGUUAAGCACAACAUUUCUACACAGCUGGAGGCCCUUCGUGAUGCACCCAAUAGAGAAGAGACGCCUCUGAUCUAUCAUUUGGACGUUGCAGCCAUGUAUCCGAAUAUUAUCCUCACGAAUCGCCUCCAGCCACCAUCAAUCGUUACAGAUGAUGUUUGUGCGGCUUGCGACUUCAAUCGUCCAGACAAAACUUGCCUUCGUCAGUUAGAAUGGGUUUGGCGAGGAGAAACUUUUUCAGCAUCAAGAAGUGAGUACAAUCAUUUGAAAAACCAGAUUGAGUCUGAGCAGUUCCCACCCACAUCUGAAGGGGGGGAUAUGCGUUAUUUUCGAGACCUUCCAAAAGAUGAACAGCAGAGCAAACUCAAAGAUCGCCUGAAGAAAUACUGCCAAAAGGUAUACAAGAGGGUACUUGACAAGCCUAUCUCUGAUGUUCGAACUGCUGGAAUCUGCAUGCGCGAGAAUCCCUUCUACGUUGACACUGUGCGCAGCUUCCGAGACCGUAGGUACGAAUAUAAGGGACUCAACAAAGUUUGGAAGGGCAAACUUGGAGAGGCGAAGGCGAGUGGCAACCCAAUAAAGAUACAAGAAGCCCAGGACAUGGUGGUUGUAUAUGAUUCUCUACAACUGGCCCAUAAAUGUAUUCUCAAUUCAUUUUACGGCUAUGUCAUGCGGAAGGGAGCAAGGUGGUAUUCCAUGGAAAUGGCAGGUGUAGUUACUUACACAGGGGCGAAGAUCAUCCAAAAUGCUCACAAACUUGUCGAACAAAUUGGAAAGCCUUUGGAGCUUGAUACGGAUGGUAUAUGGUGCUGUUUACCAGGGUCAUUCCCCGAGAACUUCGUCUUUAAGACCAGCGAUCCAAAGAAGAAGCUACCAAUAUCAUAUCCAUGUGUUAUGCUUAACGUGGAUGUUGCUGUAAACAACACUAAUGAUCAGUAUCAGACGAUGGUGGAUCCCGUCUCUCGAACUUAUGCAACAAGUAGUGAGUGCUCAAUCGAAUUUGAGGUCGAUGGUCCUUACAAGGCGAUGAUCCUGCCCGCGUCGAAAGAGGAAGGAAUAUUGAUAAAAAAACGAUACGCUGUUUUUAAUGACGACGGAACGCUAGCAGAACUUAAAGGCUUUGAAAUAAAGCGGCGGGGUGAGCUUAAGCUUAUCAAAGUUUUCCAGGCAGAAGUUUUCGAAAAUUUUCUUCAAGGAGAUACCUUGGAGGAAUGUUAUGCCGCUGUUGCUGAAAUUGCAAAUCGUUGGUUAGAUAUGCUCGAGAAUCAAGGAUUGGACCUUGCUGACAGCGAGCUGCUGGACUACAUCUCGGAGUCCAGCACUAUGAGCAAGUCUCUUGAAGAAUACGGAGAUAGGAAGUCUUGCGCCAUGACAACUGCCAAACGUCUUGCAGACUUCCUAGGCGAUGCUAUGGUGAAAGACAAGGGUCUUAGCUGUCGAUACAUCGUUGCAAAAGAUCCGCCGGGAGCACCGGUGAGCGAGCGCGCCAUCCCAGUUGCCAUAUUUGAAACCGAACCAGCGAUUAUGAAGGCAUACUUGAAAAAGUGGUGCAAAAGUUCUUCAGACGUGGUGUUUCGAUCGAUUGUGGACUGGGCCUAUUAUCGCCAACGCCUUAGCUCAGCUAUUCAGAAAAUUAUUACGAUCCCAGCUGCUAUGCAGAAGGUUUCAAAUCCUGUUCCGAGAGUCACCCAUCCAGAAUGGCUAUGGAAGAAGGUCCGUGAAAAGGACGACAAAUAUCGACAAAAGAGUCUCACUGACAUGUUUCAGAAGAAGCCUGCAGCACUUCCUGAUGGUAUAGAAGAUCUCGAGGACAUGUGCAAGACUAGUGAAAAGCAUCGUCCUACUCUUUCGGCUCCAUCUCACAAGAAAGGGGAUUUGAUUGACGAAAUCCCUCUUCAAGAAGGUGAAUGCAUUGGCCAGGAGGACAUUCCUCCCAUUGAGAAGUCCUUGAACGAAGAUCCUGAGAACGAGGCUCGAAGCAAGACUCCAGACAAAGAGGUGGAUUACGAGGCUUGGGUGGAGUACAAGAAACUAAAGCGGAAAGAGACUCGUGAACAGCGGAAGAGACAAAGGGAAGUGAUCGAUCCUACGGGAGAUGAUGCGGUUGUUGCCCUCCCUCGAAAUGUUUCUCGUAAGGAUGGAAAAGGCAAGAGGCAGGCAGGUGUUGGUGCGAUGUUCCGGAGCCAGCAGGCGGCACUUACAAGAUCCCACUGGCAGUUGCUGCAGCUUGUUCCAACUCAAAGUCCCGGAUUCUUCAGGGCAUGGAUUUUGGUUGCUGGUGAGAUGUACAAGCUCCAGAUACAGGUACCACGUGUAUUUUACAUCAACACACGAGCCCCUCCUGAUACUGAAUCAGGAAAGCGCGUUAAUCGCGUUCUACCGCACAUGAAGACUUGCUUCAAUCUGCUUGAGGUGGUUUGUGAUGAGGCACAAUUCAAGGAUGCGAGGAAGUUCCUAUCAGCACAUCUUGCUGAUCCCGAUGUCGAGGGAGUCUACGAAACUAAAAUCAGUCCCUUGCAACAAGCAAUACUACGAUUAGGUUGUGUCUGUACCGUGGAUGCGAAAGCCAGCAAACGAAACGCCAAUGCCACUUGGUCUGUUGAUGAGCUACAUAUGAAAACAACGGCAGAAUCCGCGUACCUGAAGGUUGCUUUGAAUUCUUUCUUUAUUUAUCAAAGUUGCAUGAAUACGCGAGGACUGUAUACUCUGUACACACCUGCCGCUGAGAAGAUCCUGGUGGUGGUGGUUAAUCCUCGCAACAAUAAGGAAGUCUCUUCAGUGCAACUUGAGAAGCAAUUUCGAGACGCUGCCAGCAACUCUGGCCUGUCAAAUCAUGAGGUCUCAACUUGGACGGUCAAGGUUGAGUAUUUAUCCAGCCAUCAAGACGCCGGAAGACUGCUAAAUCGGAGUUUGGUUGAGUUCAGGGAUCAGCAUCCAGGUCCCACCGUUGCACUUACUCAGUGCCCCAACACUGAGGAUCUCAUGGCCAUCGUUCCCCUGCUCAACGAGUUCCCGUGUGUGCAGAUCCCCUGCAAUGUCCGCGAUAGUCAGUACCAGGCUCUUGGCUGGCAACCCAUUGCAGGAAGAGUUGCAAUGCACAGGUGUGUUGCUUCGUCUGUCUGGUUACAAGAAAGAAUCUCUCUCGCCCGAUACGCUCACGUUCCGCUAGGAAACGUUGACUCUGAUUGGCUUCUGUUUACAGCCGACACAUUCUAUUCACGCGCUUUGCGUGAAAAUCAGCAGGUGCUUUGGAGUUCGGAUGACGGCGUACCGGAUCUAGGUGGUGCCAUCACGGAUGACAGCACAUCUCUAGAGGAUGAAGUUCAGCAGCCUGCUGUUUCGUUUCCAGGUGCAUAUCGCAACGUAACCAUCGAGUUCAAGAUCUAUCACUUGGCUGUGAAUGCCCUUCUAAAAAGCAGUCAGAUUAGUGAGUUCGAAGGAGGAACUAUUGACGGAGACGGCAGCGCUGCAUUUAAUGAUGGAAGUAAUACCUGGAAUGAGGAGAUUUUUUGCUCUCCUGCAUUCCGAGUGCUGAAGCAACUAGUCGGUGGUUGGCUUGCUGAUGCUAUUUCUACUGGAAACAACUAUUCGGAUGCCUUACUACAACAUGUCUAUCGCUGGAUUUGCAGUCCCCAAUCCAAGCUUCAUGAUCCUGCACUCCAGCGUGUUCUUCACAAGGUUAUGCAGAAGGUGUUUGCGUUGCUCCUUAUGGAGUUGCGCAAACUUGGAGCGACGAUUGUGUUUGCUGAUUUCAACAAGAUCAUUAUAGCCACAAACAAGAGUAACAUCACUAUGGCUCAAGGCUACUGCGAGUACCUUCUGAAGACAGUGAAGGCUAGGGAGUUGUUUGAAUGGAUCGACCUUCGACCCAAGCAAUAUUGGCACUCACUACUUUUCAUGGAUCAGCAUAACUAUGGAGGCAUCAAAGCAAACACUGCAACACAGUCCUUCGAGCAUCAGGAAGACCAAAAUGGAACUCUGCCAGAAGAGAUCGUUUCCUACUGGAACAUAGCUGAGUAUCUGCCGAAAGUAACACAGGACUACUUUGUAGUGAUUGUCUCGGAGUACAUCUACAUUCCAUGGAAACACGCAAUGGAUGAAGCGGCCAGACGACGUGCAGGGCCAGUCUCCUCUACCCCUUCCAUCACUGUGGCUGCGGCAGCUGACAUGGAGGCAGGCGAGAUUUUGUUUCUUAAGGAAAAGGUUCAAUCUCACUUCACUGAGAAACUUCUUAAAACCGUCAGAGAUGUGCAACGGCACAUGAACACGAAGAAGUACGAGGACGAUGAGGAGUUACAGUCCGCUCGUGAAUUCCCUAAGCUGGCAGGUUCACAUCUGGAGAUGACUGAUGCCGCACUGGAGUUCAUUAAACACGUCUGUGCAGUCUUCAUGCUCGAUCAGCGUGUUCAACACGAAGUUCUGGUGCUGCGAAAAAAUCUCCUGAAGUUAGCGCGAGUAAGGGAAUUUUCACAGGAGGCUACUUUCCGAGACCCCUGCUUAUCAUUCAUACUUCCCAAUGUUAUCUGCAGUUACUGCAAUGAUUGUAGGGACAUGGAUCUGUGUCGAGAUGCGGCCUUGAUAGAACGAGACUGGCGCUGCGUGAUGCCCCUUUGUGGGCAACCAUACAAUCGCGAGUGGGUUGAAAACGCGCUCCUUCAAAUCGUUCGAAAGAGGGAGCGUCUCUACCACCUUCAAGACCUGCUCUGUGUCAAGUGUCGUCAGGUGAAGGCAUCGCAUUUAGCAGAGCAGUGCACCUGCGCAGGAAACUUCAGGUGUCGGGAAAGUCCCAAGGACUUCCUCCAACGAAUGCGCGUCUUCCACAACAUCGCAGUCUACCACGGGUUCGACCUUCUCCAGGAGUGCGUGUCCUGGAUCUUGCAAACAGCCGCCAUCCCCGAGGACUGAGCUCGUUCGUCUAUGCGCGACAUCGAAGCCUACUCCUCGACCUCGACCUCGCUCGCGACCUGGCAAUUAGACCGACCAGAGCCGCAAGCCAUCGCCGCCUGACCCCUACUCGUCAGCCGAGCUUGUAACAUGCCGGAAAUUGUAGACUAGCACGAGAGCACCCCCUGUAAAUAUAGUCCCAUUCUUUUAAAAGCGGGUAGAAUGGUCCAUACCCACAAUUCUAGAAUAGCAGACGUCCGCGACCCAAUGUCGACCAUAGCAGAACCUGCUGGUCUCUCUCUGCCUCAGUGUCUCUGCCUCAGUGUCCGGUCCAAAUUAGCGCCUUCAUGACUCUUUGUUUCCGACGAAAUUAUGAUCGAGCCGCAGCAAGUGGCAGGACCUCGAGCCCGAAUAAACACCGUCCCGGAUUCGCUCCCUCUCCCUCUCGAGAAAGAGAAGCAGAAAGAGAAGCAGAUGCCUACCAUGAGUCAAUGAGUCGAGUGUGUGUGAGAGAAGGCUCGACAUGUCAACGCGUCUGGGGUCCUGGGUGGGGGGGGGGGGGGUCCGUCGGAGCGGUGGGCUUCUUCCUCGUCGCUAUGUUUGUCGUCGUGUUUGGCUAAAAGGAGCGCGGGCGCGCGGACAACUCCCCGCGGCGGCACAGUGUUGUAACGGACUGGCGCGGCCCCAUGUGAAGCCUAUCUGCAAGAGCGGGCCGCGGCCAAUCAGCGCCCAGCGUACCCUCGGACUGUACGCCUCAUGGACGCAACGUUAUCCCCUGCGCCAGUGCUGCUCUCGUUCCAUCCAUUCCGCCGUUGGGCCAAGCGCCCCGAGAAUCAUCGUCCGUCGUCUUCCGUCGUCCGUCCAAGGUACCGGAGCGAUUGGUCCGUCGGAGGCCGACGUCGUCGGGUUUUUUACUGGGACCUCGGCCAUGCAGGUAACUUUUGGUCGCUGGUUCGACCGAGAGGGAAUAAGUGCCAGGUUCAGGUUUUCAGGCCAUGCGCCCAGUCGCCGGCCAGCGUCGAGUGACGACCGCGUCGAAGCAAUAACGACAUCGGCCCGUGUACAGUCGCGGCGAGAGAGCAGGGGCUGUGGCUGGAGUGCGUCGGACGACACGUCCCUCCUGCGACAUUAAGGGAUGACGUGGUUGGCAGGUACCGCGUGAUGGAAGACGCCCGUCGUACCUUAUCUGCUCGGAACGACGACAUUUCGCAACGGAGGGCCCUUAAUCAUUCGUCGUCCCGUCGCCCGUCCCUCCCCGUCCAAUUCCAAAGUCCCCGAGCCCCGAGGCAGAGGCGAUGAAUGAAUGUACACUCUGGGACUGGGCGAGAUCGGCCACUACGAGAUUGUUGAUAAACCCUGCGCUUGGGAACCGAUAUUCGCUGCCAUGAGGGCCUGGCGAAUGGCAGUGAGUCAUCGGGGCGAGUAUGGAUGGACCUGAGGUCGGGCCAGGUCGCGUACGGGAGCUCGAUUCGGGCCCUGAUACGGUGCACUCUGAGACUUGACGCCGCUGGUACACCUCCAGAGCCGAGCAGUGCGUGUUCCGAACAUUUGUUCCGUACUGGCAUGCAGUGCAUCUCGCUGGAAUGUGGUUGUGUGACCAGCGGGCUUUCGGAAAGGCAUCUGGAUACUAUCCGGGCAAAAGCUCGUGUACGGGCCGCUGGGCUGCGAAAAGCGAUGCCGGGGCUUGAAUUCCAACGAGUCGUCGUCGUGGACAUGUAAGAGGAGAAUCAACAGUUUGUGUGUGAGCGAGGGAGGGAGGGAGUGCUGUGCGGAUUGGUGAGCGAAGCGGAGGUUAGCUUUUCAUUGACGAUAUUCCGAGCGUUUGUGCUCCUCGGGUGGAUGUUCAUGCCCUUUACAGAACCUAAUAAUAAUAAUCUGGUGACUGGUGCAUCCGAUCUUCCUA